GCAUUGCAUGGAAACAAACAAGCUGUAGUAUGAACUAAAGAAGAGAAGGAAGCUUUCUCAUGGCUAGCAGAAAGCUGCUGCUGCUGCUUCUCUCCACUGUACUCCUCUUCAUCUCUUCCUCCCUCGGUGAUCGCAAGGCCAUUGAGAUUGGCGGUGGCGUUGGCGUCAACCUCGGUUUCGGCAUUGGGCCGACACCGUCCCCGUCUCCUCUUGACGACUCCGACGGCUCCUCACCGCCUGCGCAGGCACCGUCGUCUGGGCCGCAGCCCUCCGACUUCCCCAACCUCAAGCAGUACUACGCUUACCUUGUCAUCCAACGCUUCAAGCAAAGCAUCACCUGCGACCCCGGCGGCGUCACCCAGACCUGGGUGGGCUACCGGCCUUGCACCUACGAAGGCUUCUACUGCGCCGCCCCGCCGGACUCCCCCGACACGCCCACCAUCGCCUCCGUCGACUUCAACGGCUUCGGCCUCUGUGCGCCGACCAUCGUCGGCUUCGUCGACCAGCUCCCCGACCUCGCGCUCUUCCACGCCAACUCCAACUACUUCUCCGGCACCAUUCCCGACCUCACCGGCCUCCCCUACCUCUACGAGCUUGACGUCAGCAGCAACCUCCACUUCGGCGCGUUCCCCACCAAAGUCCUCCCGCUGAGCAACCUCAUCUUCCUCGACCUCCGCUUCAACUUCUUCGCCGGUGCCGUCCCGGCCUCUGUCUUCGCCUUCAACCUCGACGUGCUCUUCUUUAACAACAACAACUUUAACGAGCCGCUGCCGGCCGAACUCGGCCGCUCGCCUGUAGCCUACUUGACCCUGGCCAACAACGGCUUCACCGGGUCGAUCCCCCCGUCCAUCUACAACGCCUCGAACACUCUGGUCGAGGUGCUCUUCCUCAACAACAGGCUCUCCGGCUGCCUGCCGUACGAGAUCGGAUUCCUGAGCAUUGCGACGGUGUUCGACGCGGGUUUCAACCAGAUGACCGGCCCGAUCCCGUGGUCCUUCGGCUGCCUGCUCAAGUUGGAGCAGCUGAACCUUGCCGGGAACCUGCUCUACGGGGAGGUCCCCGACGUGGUGUGCCGGUUGGCCAAGGACGGCAACCUGGCGAACUUGUCGCUGUCGGGAAACUACUUCACCUGGCUGGGCCACUCGUGCUGGGACUUGGUGAAGACCAAAGUGCUCGACGUGCGUCAGAACUGCAUACCAGGGCUCCCGGAGCAGCGGUCGCCGGCGGAGUGCUCAACGUUCUGGUGGGGGCCAAAAGAGUGCCUUCCAUCGCACGACAUUCCAUGCAGCCUCCCAAAGGGUCCGACAAAACGCCCGAUGUCCUCCACGCCGCCGGCGUACGUGACCUACGAGGCGCUUCAUCACCCACCGCCCCGGAAUUAGCAGAUCGCUCGUCACUGCAGCAGCAUCUCUUCUCAUUUCCUCUUCUUAACUCGAUCGAUCCAUCUCUCUGAUUAGCUUCUGUCCUAAAACUUGGUGUCCUCGACGUUCUUCCUGAUCAACCGUAAGCAAAAGGAGAAGAAUAUUGAAUGGGGGACUGACCAUUGUGUUGUUUCAGAGCC